AUGAUGACUGCAGCCUUCGUGAGCUUGACACAUCUCAAUCUCGACACAAGCGUCAGCGGCUUUGUUGAGAGUUGCAUCGCGGCGAAUGCCCCGACCAGCUUCAAACUGGCUGCUGUUCAAGGAUACCGAGAACGCCAAAAAUGGGACCACGAACCGGCAGGGAAGCGA